CUUGUUCCACAGGAAGCAGGCCAAUCUCACGCACAAUCACCUUCUCCAACAUGGAGCUGAAUUUUUCAAAAGCAAGAUGGUACCCGAAGCACGCCAUGGACAUGGCUUUAUCAAAAUAAUAAUGACCCUCAAACUGAAACCCAAGCAAGUUAAAGUCCCUGGGAUGCCCUGGAAGCAAUCAGAAUGCAGACUUGAUGUCGCAUUUUGCCAAUAUCUUCCCAGGCCCAGACUUCCUAACCAUGGCUACCACAGAAUCAAAUGACGUGUAUCUCACUGAACACAGCUAUGGGUCAAUAUAAUCAUUUUAUGGAUAAGCCCCGGGGGUACAGCAGGUGGUCAUCAGCCUGUAUUCCCCCUUCACCUUCUUCAGUACCACACCCAGGGAAGACAUGAGUAAUUCCAGCAUUGGAAUGCAUGGGAAGAGACCUGCCACUUUCCCUGUUGCCAUCUCUAAGCUGAUUUUUGGCCUUACUAUAUGCUCAAAGCCUUUAAUGGACUUCAAGCUCUCUGCCCAACAGUGGCACCUCCUGCCCUUGUAUGGGAUUUGAAAACCAGCUGAAAAUCCAUUCCAUAAAUAAGCUACGUCUAUUUUCCUGGGGUAGUCCAAUAACAAAUUCCACAACCCCGUAUCUUAAUUGGAGAAGAAGCCUUUCCCAUAGUUACUGUCUCCCCCCAUAGCAUUCCCUGAAGCACUGGGACCUUGCGAACCCCCUUUCCUACUCUCUGGCUGGAACUGCCCUUUAUCCCCAGAACAGCAGAGGACACUAUGUUGACCCUCACACUUCCUAUAGCAGUGUUUGUACCUGCAUUGGGAGAGAAAGCAUUCCCCAUCCUUAAAUGCAAAGCACACAUUGGCUUUUGAACAAUAUUUUGAAAACCAGGUUUUAGCACCAGCAACCUGCUGCCUGUAAAUUCCAGCUGGGUGGAGCAAUAAGGAAUCACACAGUUCCUUGUAUAUUUUCCCCAGGGUAAAUCAGGCUCCUCAGCUUCCCUCUGUCAUACUUUAACCAAGUUAUCCCACCAUAUGUAGCAUAAGCCCUCGCUAUUAAGUCCUAAUGCCUGACAAGGAAAUAUACCUCUUGGGGCUCCUCACACAAAUUAUACUCACAUAAAUGCGAAAGGCUGCAGACCAUUUCUCAAGCGUUUGAGGCACCUUAGUUCUGCAGGGUUUGUCCUCAUCUUUGUGUGUGUGUGUGCUAUUUUCUCCCUACUCUGUCUGCUCUUCCCUGAACAGUAGGUAAAUAAAUCCACAAAUUCCUUUCUUAAUUGCUCCAUAUUUAUUUGCAGGAUAUCAGUCCCACCCCAAACCUGAGAGUGGACCAAUUUUGUCAGGCAGGCUGCCCAACCUAUUGGCCAUCAACCCCAGUGAUUUUUACCAGGUCACCACAAAUCCCUUAAGGAGAAGGAUGUCCAAGGGGGGAGUGACCUGGGCCGCCACCCUUGCCCCUGAGUGCCAAGGUACACAAUCCCCUCCAUCAGUAUCUGCAGGCCACUGGAGAACCCAACCACUGCAUCCUGAGGAGGCCUGCUGGACUCUUGGCAGGUAACGGGAGCAAGGACUGCUGCUGCUGCUGGAAGCUGGCGAGUAACACUUUCUCUACUGAAACAAAGCCAAUAGAGGCUCCACAUGGCCCCUGCAGCAGGUGAUAUCUGUUGCAGUAUCCAGACCUGGACAUUUCAUGAGCUUGAUGCCACCUUAAACCCGGACAUGAUAAAGUUAACUGACUACUGUAAGACUUGGUGCCUCCAGCCAAGCAUUAUAAAAACAGUCUCCAGUUUGUUCCAUCUUCAUCACGCCAGCACAAUCCACGAACUGAACGUUUAUCUGAAUGGUCAGAAGGUGAAGCAUGAAGUAGAACCAGUCUAUCUAGGUGUGACUUUAGAUCGCACACUGAGUUACCAUGCCCACCUGAAGAAGACAGCAGCUAAAGUUAAGACACGCAAUGAUCUUCUUAGCAAACUGGCAGGUUCAUCAUGGGGUGCUCGUGCACCAACUUUGCGGAUGUCAGCUCUUGCCACCUCAUAUUCGGUGGCGGAGUACUACACACGAGUUUGGAGUCAAUCGUCACACACCAAACUGGUGGAUAUGCAGUUACAUGCCGCCAUGCAUAUCAUCUCUGGCACCCUGUGUCCGACUCCACUUCCAUGGCUUCCAGUUCUGAGCAAUAUUGCUCCUUCUCAUAUUAGACAAGAGGUUGCCACUGGCAAGUUACUGGAGAAAGUACAUGCCAACUCAAGCCUGCCACUGCACAAUGACCUUUUUAAGCCACCAGCUGCACGUUUGCCGUCACGUCGCCCAUUAUGGUCUCAUCCACCACGCCAGGAUGCUAGAGUGGAAACACUCUGGCGAGAGGAAUGGAUAUCUGUUAUAAUCCCCAACCAGUCCCUCAUCACCGACUCCACAAUUUGCCCUCUUGGUUUUGACCUGCCCCAUUGCCAAUGGUCCUUGUUGAACAGGUUCUGGACUGGGAAAGGCCUCUGUGCAGCCAACCAGUAUCGAUGGGGCCUUUGUGACAGCCCUUUGUGCAGUUGCGGUGCAACACAGACGAUGACACACAUUGUCGAUGAAUGCCCGCUGACUACGUUCAGCCGUGGCCUAGAAGAACUGCAUCAUGCCAUUGAAAAUGCCAUCACUUGGCUAGACAACUAUGCACAUGCUAAAUAAAAUAAAUUGAACUGGACACAGGUUAGGGUGUUUCUACAGAGGAGUUGGAAUUGGUCAGAGAACUAAUAUGGUCUUUCAAAGGGGCAAAGAAAAUUACUCCGAGGGAACUACUGGUGGUCAUGGGGAACCUAAAGUUUGCAUGCCAGGUGGUGGCUCCCAGUGCUUGUCUAGCAACUGAGGCCUCUGAAGUGUGAGAACCCCACCACUUUAUAAGAAUGACAAGGGGAAUGAACAGUGCUUAAUUUGUAAUGAAAGAGGUGCCAGGGCUCAAGCAAUUAGCUACCAGGGCUCAAGCAAAUUUUUUACAUUUAUAAAUGGUGCAGCAAGCCCAGAGGUACUGGGGCUAUGAACCUCCAAGGCUAGAGGUGCUGGGGAUCAGCCCUGGCACAAAUUAAGCACUUGGAAUGAAGGAAGACUUAGAAGUGUGGGAAAGAUUCCUGGAAGAGAUUAAUGGGGGUUUCGAUAGGGCGUUCAGUCUGGUUGCUCAAGACUGAGCUGCAGAUACAAUCUGACACCUUGGGAGGUAUAGGUUUUGGGAUUUACUUUCAAGGGGAGUGGUGUACACAGAGAUGGCCAGAAAGCUGGAUGGCUCAGGGUAUUACAGGGGACAUUGCCUUCAUCAAAUUUUUUCCUAUACUGGUGGCAGUCACUAGUUGGGAAGAAAACUUUCAGAACAAGAAAGUCUGUUCUGGUGUGACAACCAACCCAUGGUCCAUAUUGUAAAUAUACAGUUGGCUAAGACUGCUUGAUAAUCAGGCUGCUGAGGGGCUUCAUUUUGCACCGCCUGUGGUUUAACAUCCUUUUUCAUGCAGGACGUGUCCAAGAAUGGAUAAUGAUGUUGCUGAUGAUUUCUUGAUUUCAGAAUGACAGAUUCCGGGAUCUUGCCCUGUUGGUCAGCAGGGAUCCGUGGACCAUGCCCAAACAACUCUGGCUCAUGACAGCUGUGAGACUAGUCGAAGAGUUGGUUGCACUGUGGACUGUGAGGGCCUAUAAUGCCAGUCUUUCAGAGUUAGUGGACUUUAGGGACUUAGUGUGGGUAGCCCAUACCCACAUACCAGGUAGUGCAAUUUGUGGUGCCUUUGACCUAUCAUGGGUUGGCUCCCUCCACUAUCUCUGGCCAGCUAGCAGAUCUGUCCUACUGGAGCAGGUUGGCUGGUUUCCCAGACUCAGGUGGGCAUUUCAUAGUAUGGAAAUGUUAAGCAGGGUGGUCCAGGAGAGGUGGGCGCCAGAGAGAUGACAGGUUACCCAUAACAUUGGAAACCCUGACAGAGUUAUGAAGGGCACUGUCAUGGGUCUGCAGCUGUGAAAGAAAGAGGCCAUUUUAUUUAAGGCAGCAUUUGUUGUUGCCUUAUUUGGUGCUUUGAGAAUGAGUGAGCUGGUGUCUGGGGCAGCUGCAGACAGGUCCCAGCAUGCAUAAAUGUUACAGAUGUGCAACAUAGUGUCCUUGCACUUAAAGUACUCAAAAACAGACCAGAAGGGAACCGGGGCUUAUGGUGUUGAAGGAAUGUGCAGACAAGCGCUUUUGGGUGGCCCCAAAAUGCGGGGCCUGUAGCCACUCCUCCUGUUCAUGCACGGUGAUGGCAGCUUCCUGACAAGGUACUAAUUCAGCACAGUACUGAAAAAAACCUUGUGCUACUGCAGUCCUGACUCAAGUAAACUUGGUAUUCAUUUUUUCAGGAUUGGAGCAGCAAUGUCAGUGGCUGCAAGGGGUUUUUGCCCAUGGCAGGUGCAGGAAAAAGGGCACUAGAAAUCAAGGACUUAUGUCCACACCAAAGAAAAGAUGUCAGGGAACGGCAAAAUGUAACUAACCCAAUUUGCUUGUUUGUUUUAGAAGCUACCCAGAGUAUACACAACAUCUGGAUUUGCGGCACUUUAUAGUACAUUGGGCCCACAAGAGGGCAGCCAGGACAGCAGCUGGAUCUCAGCUGGGCUUCAGGGCCAAAGCUUGCAGUGGGAUCAGCUCAUGCCACUUCUGCACUCACUGAUAGGCUAGGGUUGGGAGCAGACCCAGCUCAUGUGGGCAAGGCUAGAAAGAAAUUAAAUAGAGAGAUCACCAAGAUAUUCCUGGAGACAAGGGGGUUCAGUGUUACAGCAUAGGGACAUUUGCUACAAUUGGCCUGAAGUUUUCAGGGAUGAUAGCAUACAUUUGUCAGAUGGAGGUGUUCACAUAUGACUAUGGAACGUGAGGGCAUGGAUUGGGCAGGCGGGGUGUGAUACCAGGCAGUGUCGUUGGGUGGGGGAGUGACUAAGCUAGUUGCUGGCACCCCCGGUGGCCAGUUUUCAAUGUGGUUAAGAGAAUAAAAUGAACAGUGCCCAGAGAUAAAAGACCUGGGAUUUUGGUGAUGGGCCUUGGGCUCAUGGGCUAGAAUGAGACCUUGUGGCCUUUGCAGGCUGAGGUCAGACUGUGUGGCCCUUACAGACUGAGGUCCCCACCCUGCUGCACCCUCUGUCCCCCUUGCAAUGGGGAGAGUGCUAGGCCUCUUCGGGGGGAGGCUGAGGAGAGCUACCCUGUGCUAUGGGUUAUAUCGUAAGGAACCCUGUAACGCCCACACUGGAACCAGUUACAUAGCUGGUAUGGGAGAGUAUGGGUGAUGGGUGAGUUGCGCCCCGCCCCAGUGUUAAAGUUGAAUAAAAGUUGUGACCUGCUGCUUAAUACCAUGUAUGUGUCUGUCCUCAUUUUGCUGCUGUGUCCACAUCAGUGUAUUUUAUGGACCUAGAGGGAGAGAGCUUUAAAUUGGGAUUCUGUCUCAGUUAAAGAGAGAAGGGGGUAUAGCUUAAUGAGGUGAGAGGUUGUAAAUUCUUACUUGACUUAUCUUGGGUUAUGAGGAGAAGAUUGUGCCCUAUAGAGUGAACACCUUGUAGAGAUCCAGGGAAUGGAUAUUUUAUAUGCUGAUUCCAGUACCUAUCUGUACCACUUAGGAAAACUGUGGCCUGUGUCCAAUCUCACCAGAAACUGAGGAGACCAGACUGUUAACCCACCAAGUACUGGAAUGCUGCUAGCUAUGAGUAUCCCCAGAUUUUUGUUUUCUGACAAGGCUCUGAAGUGUUUGGAAAAGAACUGAGAUGCUGCCGUUCUUCUCUAGUGCUGAAGAGAGGGGGCAUAAUAGAGCUAUACACAAUAUUACCUCAGUAUCCUCCUAGCCUCUUAUUAAUGUGCAUGUGAAUCAACAGAUUGUUUGAAAUCCUACUGC